UAACAAGAAAUGAGAAAAAUACCUUCUGGAUGGUUCCAUAUAUUUUGGCAGAGGAUGAUUGGCUAACGGUAGAUUAUCGAAUGAUGAGUGUGUUUAUCACCAUUCAAGUGAUUUUCUUCCCCGUCCUCGCUAUCAUUGCUCUUCCCGUGAACACGGUGACCAUAUUCAUCCUGUCUCGUGGUAAGUGCGGCCUCUCCAGAGUUGUCACUUGCUACCUGGUUGCCAUGGCAGUGGCGGAUAUUCUGGUCCUUAUCCUGGACCUGAUAUUGAGCAAGAUUCCACUUAUGUACACGCCAUACCUCGUUUUCGUCCUAUCAAUGCCCAAGGUGUGUAAUAUCCAGGCUGCUCUGAUUUACACCGUCACAGACUGUUCGGUCUGGUUCACCGUUACGUUCACCUUUGAUCGGUUUGUCGCCAUUUGUUGCCAGAAGCUGAAAACAAAAUAUUGCACCGGGAAAACUGCGGGUGUUGUUUUGGGGACAGUGACUGCGAUCAGCUGUUUGAAGAAUAUUUACUGGUAUUUGCGGCUCUCAGAGAUAUACACAUGGUCAAUCAAUCCAUUCAUUUGUAAAAAGAGAGAUUAUUAUUUGAAUUUCACUUCUGAGGUUGACUUAUUCUAUUACUUCCUCACCCCUGUAUUCCCAUUUCUGCUGGUUCUAGUAACGAAUGUUUUCACCGUCAGGCAUGUCUUGGUUACGAGCAGAACUCGCAGGAGACUCAGGGUUCCCGGAAACGGACAGAGUGUCAGAGACCCGGAGAUGGAGAAACGCAGGAAAUCCCUCGUUUUAUUGCUGAUCGUCUCCGGCAAUUUCAUCCUGCUGUGGGCACCUUUCACUGUGUUCUCUGCGUGGGAUCGGAUAUGCGAUCUUACCAAUUUCGUGCUUCCGCCCGAAUCUCUGCGAGAACUUGGCAUCAUUUUGCAGCUUCUGAGCUGUUGUACAAACACGGCCCUUUACGCCUUUACACAGACCAAGUUCAGGGUGCAACUAACUAAUGUGGUAAAAUCUCCGCUCGCUCUCUUUGUAGUGAAGAAGUGGUGACUUA